AUGCCAAUUUCUGCUGGGUUACCACAGACUAUCACUGUCCUGCAGAUGCUGGCGCAAUCGGAAGGCCUGCUAGAAAACCCCAAUGGGUCACAGCCGCCAAAAGACUCGUCACAGAACCAGUUAAAUGCGGGUCGCCGUGUCCCAGAUGAAACGAAUCGAUGGGAAAGUACGGCAUGGCACCCAAUUUCAGAAACUCUCACUGAGGACCCGGUCACUGACGUAUCUGCGGGUUAUAAUUUCGAAGAAACCGGGCGAUUUGGCUCCGAUAGUGAGCGCUUUGGGCAGUUGAUAACACCCAAUUCUGUUGGUGCUCAGAUAGGAUUCUUCGCAUCAGAUUUUGCACAAACAACAGAGUCACUUCAAAUGGAUGCGCUUAUGAUGGAGAGCUGCUACGUCACCGGCGAUGUCACUGAGAGUUCCGAAACCGAUGGCGAACAAGACUUCAAUAAUGCGCUUAAGCUCUAA